CUUCCGUACGCCCCUGAAACACUUGCUCUGCCUUCUUCCAAGCAUCGGUCGACAUUUUCGGAUAUCGAAUCGUACGGAACAGCUGUCAGUUUGGGUAGCAGUCCAGGGAGAGAUUGAAACGCCGUGUCGAGCGGUGUUCGGAUCCUUUCCGCUCCCCAGAGUUGCUGCUGACAAUACCCUCCUGUUACUAAUUUGAGUCGACUAACCGUGGACUUAAACUGCUAAAGGAGCCUGCAUUUAUGCGGUCUACAUCGUUUGCUAUUCCUCGGGUUUACGUUGGUCUCUGAUUGUGCUUCGCUUUAUUUACGGCGAAUAUAUGCGUCGUCCUAGAUUCAUCCGGUGCGGAUCAUAGCGGUUUACAGGUUUUGAGAACACGCAAGGCAAUCCCACCCAGCAACCAUGUUUUGGUUUGGAUUUGUCAGCCUAAACGAGGAAGAGAAGGUUCAGAGAAGAAUAUUGCUGAAUCAAAACGCAUUGAUUGCUCAGCUGUCUGCUAUUGGGGCCAUUGUUGCUAUCAAGACCUUUCUCUACUUAGUCUGGCUAGCGAAGCGACCUGCCGGAGUGGGUAAGGAGGACACACCCGAACCUAGUUCUCCGCAUGCGAAGUUCCAGCGGAGUAGGUCCCCUUGGAGCGUAUCUUCAUGGAGGUUGCUUGUUAGGAGACUCGAAUGGUGGCUUUCUGGGGAAUUCGUUAUAGGCUGGGGCACGCGCGGACAAUGGAUCCUCGCGGGAUGGUGGACAGUAUGGCUACUGUAUUUGAGCAUCCGCGAAACAGGAAACGAUUAUCUCCACAUGACGAAGCGGCUGGGUCUCGUUGGAGCAUCUCAGCUUCCGCUCCAUUACCUGCUGGUAAUGAAGAGCAGAUUCUCACCCCUUGCUCUCAUCUUCAACCGAUCUCACGAGGAACUGAAUUGGAUCCAUCAAUACCUCGGGCGAAUCCUAUCGGCCAUGUUCUUGGCGCAUGCUGGUCUAUAUCUGAAUUUCUUCGUUCAGGCCGGUGUUCUGGAGAAACGGCUCCAGGAUGACGAUGUCCUCUCUGGACUUAUGGCUAUCGCUGUGAUUUCUGUUAUUGGGCUCUCCGCACUGGGCUACGUUCGGAUGCUCUCGUACAGGACCUUCUAUUGGAUCCAUGUUAUCCUAGGGGGAUAUCUCCUAUUGGUGCUCUACUCCCACGUGGUGCACAUUCAGAUCUACAUCAUUGAGUGCGCCGUAAUAUCCAUGCUCAAUGUGGCGCUACGAUGGACCGAAACUUCUCACCUUUCUGGAACAGUUUCCGUCGUUGGUACCACUGGCUUGAUCAGAGUUGAGAUGGCACUAGGUCCCGUUUCGCAAGGACAAGGGUCGUCGAGGGAGUGGCAGCCAGGGCAGCAUGUCUAUAUCUCCUCGAAGUCUUCACGGUGGUUCAAUCUGGUUCCGGGCUACCUAUCCAAAAAUCCUUUCACAAUCUGCAAUAUCUCUUCCUCGGAUGCGGGGGGAGGAUCUAUUCGACAGAUGACACUCAUUGCUCGUUGUCAGAAAGGAGCUACAAAACAACUCGCCGAGAAAUCGAAACUGUCUCCCGCGCCAAUUCCAUUUCGUGUGGAGGGACCGUACGGAAGUUCACACCGUUACUUGGAACCCGCUCGACUCCGGCAAUAUUCUUCGGUGCUGAUAGUGGCGGGCGGAGUGGGUGGUACAUAUGCUGUUCCCAUGUGGGUAAGCAUGAUCCGACGUUCGGAGACGCCCUCAAGAGCGCGUUUCGUGUGGGCGGUCAGAAGCAUGGAAGAAGCAGUAUGCGUUUUUGGCGACGCCCUGACCGACUCGAAGGGCCCGGAUCUGUACGUGACAGGCGAGAGAAGCGGCCAAGCUGCAGUCUCAGAAGAAUCCGGAGACUACGUCGAGCUGCAGGAGAUGGAGACUUCCUUACCUGGCGAGGCACCCUCAGGAGGCUUGAGAGGUGUGACGAUGAGAAGGGGGAGGCCCAGUCUGGGGGUAGUGGUAAGCGCCUCGUUCUCCGGUGCUUCAAAUACAGUUUGCGUGAUUGUAUGUGGGCCAAAAGGUAUGGUGAGGGAUGUGCGACAGGAGGUCAGCGAGUGGGUUGAUAACGGCUACGCUGUCGACUUCCAUGCUGAGUUUUACGGCUUGUAACGCAGCCACGUUCUGGAAAUUGCCUACGUGCGUAGAGCGUAUAGAUUUUAAACGAUAGAUACGAAUGUAG